CAAUUCGUGUAUGCCACCCCAUUCACACAAGAUGGGCGAGCUCAUGGAGAGUUACAUGAGCAGUUCAAACGCAAGACUGUGCUCACAGUUGCCAACCAUUUCCCCUAUAUCAAGACAAGAAUUCAGGUCAUCCAGCGGGAGCAGUAUGUCCUAACACCGAUAGAGGUGGCCAUAGAGGACAUCCAAAAGAAGACACGCGAACUGGCUCGGGCAAUGCAGCAAAACCCGCCUGAUCCCAAGAUUCUUCAGAUGGUCCUUCAAGGAUGCAUUGGUACAACUGUGAACCAAGGCCCGAUGGAAAUGGCCCAUGUUUUCCUUCGAGAUCUGGUUGAUGGCAAGAAAUCCCCCACCAAGCUUCAGAACAAGCUGCGGCUUUGCUUCAAAGAUUUUUCUAAAAAAUGCGGAGAUGCUCUGCAAAUGAACCGCACCCUGAUAGGCCCUGACCAAAAAGAUUACCAAAGAGAACUUCAACGCAACUAUCACCUGUUCACAGACCAGCUUAUGCCAAUGAUCUCAAGCAAGACCAUGUAUGCCCUGAGCACGAGGUUUUUGUGCAAGAGCAUGAGGUUGACCCACCUCUCAGCCUUUGCCUCAAUUUCAACUGAUGCUCAUUAUGAACCCAUUCAGAACAAGUCUCUUCUCAAGCCUCGGCACCGGCGUAAGUUGAAUGGUGAGCCUCCACAUGAAAUGAAAUUGGAGCAGCUCUCUGAGUACCAGAAAACGCUGAGGUACCAUCGGAAGAUGUUUGGGCAUUACGGAAAGGCAUCGGGUGUGGAUCCGGGUCUCUGCUGGCCGACGAAAACAGAACUGGCUACACUGAAGGAGGUUGAAAGGCUACAAUAUCCCCGAACUCUUCAGGAAUCCAUAGAAAAGAUCAGAUUGGAAAAAGAAGAAGCAGAGAGGGCUGCAAGGCUCAGGGAUGAGGAGGUGGCCAGGAAGGUGGCAAGGGCAGAGAGUGCCAAGCAAGAGCUUCUUGCACGGAUGGCCCGAAAAGAAGCCGAAGCCCGAGCCAUCAGGGAGAAGAAGGAGCGGAUGAUGGAGGAGGUGAGAGAGUACUUUGGCUACCGGGUGAACCCGAAAGACCCCAGAUUCCAGGAACUCAUGGAGGCCAAGGAGAAGGAGGAAAAGAAGAAACUGAAAGCACAGAAGAAACUGGAAAGGGAGGCCCAAAAGGUGGUCAAACUCAUUAGGCCAGGCCAAGCCACAUCCUCGCCUUCUUCACCUCCCCCUACCCAGCCCGAGAAAGCAGACUCAUCGGGUUCAUGACCAUCUUGUCUUUGAUUGUAUGUUUGAGAUUAUUAUUAAAUCAUUUGAUUCAUUCAUGAAUA